GGAAAAGAAUCUAUUAUAUCGGUGGUAGAACAAACUCUCCUCAAAAAGUCAAUACAUUUCUAUUGGAUUUAUCAUCAGACUUUACAGCAAUUAGUCCAAAUUUUGUUGAAGUUUUUGGACUUGAAAAUAUGCCGUCACUCGCCUGGACUGCUGCUUGCCUAGAAAAAGAAGUUAAUACUAUUUAUAUAUUUGGUGGCGCUGAUGCAUCUCAAUCGUCUUUAUUCCAAGGAGACACCAUAUACAAAAUAAAGCCAUCCAGCGAUACUUCUUUUAAUUGGACAAUAUUGCCAAAGCAAGGAGAUGUAUGGCCAAUUGCACGAGAUGCAAUAUUUCCAAUUAUCGAUAAACUUUCGAGAAUUUUCGUGUGGGGUGGGCGUAACGGUAAUAACAGUCAA